ACUUUUGCUGUGAAGCAAUAUGCUUGACCUUUAUUCAAGUUUGUUUUACAUGACACUUGACAAUACUCUUUUGCAGUCAGCUUUCUUCGAAUAACCUCAGUGGCCAAAUACCUGAGCAGUUAUUUCAAAUUUCUAAGUACAAUUUUACAGGGAACCACCUAAAUUGUGGCAUCAAUACUGUCCACCGUUGUGAAUCAGACAAUGGAGGUGAUUCAAGUAAAUCAAAGACGGGUAUGAUAAUAGGGAUCGUUGGUGCGCUCUUGGUUAUUCUUCUUGGAGGUUCUUUUCUGUUAUUUAUGUGGAAAGCUAGGCACAAAAGCUACAGGCGUGAAGUAUUUGUGGAUGUUGCAGGUGAAGUUGAUCGGAGAAUUGAAUUUGGACAAUUGAAGAGAUUUGCAUGGAGAGAGUUGCAACUUGCUACAGAUAACUUCAGUGAGAAAAAUGUCCUUGGACAGGGAGGUUUUGGGAAAGUCUAUAAAGGAGUGCUUACCGACAACUCAAAAGUUGCUGUUAAACGUUUGACUGAUUUUGAGAGUCCUGGUGGAGAUACCGCAUUCCAGCGUGAAGUUGAGAUGAUAAGUGUGGCUGUCCAUAGAAAUCUUUUACGGUUGAUUGGGUUUUGCACCACACCAACCGAGCGCCUUUUGGUUUACCCCUUUAUGCAGAACUUGAGUGUCGCCUCCCGUCUAAGAGGUAUCACUUAGUUUCUUUAGUUUUUAAUUGCAGACAAACAUUUGGAUGUAGAGUAAUUAAUUGUUAGAUUUUAAGUUAUCUGUGUUCCAUUGCCGGGUUAGGUAUAUAUUAUCUCAAGGACAUGUGUGGGUUUAGCCGUUAGGAGACUAUACUUGGAGUUUUCUGUGUCUUCAUCUUUAUACUGGUGAUACUGGACUUGUGUGAAUUUUUGAUGGGCAUUCUUUCUGAAUCCCACAUCAGUCAUUUAGAAACUUUCUUUUGAAAUACUUAUUUCACAUAUUUUUAUUAA